UACGGAUAAACUUCUAAAGCAUGAAAAUGAUUGUUUAGCUUGGGAUUUAUCUGCAAGUUAAAUUUUAACCGAAGGUGAAGAAACUGGACAUAAGACCAAUGGGCAAAGAGCAUCGAACGGAGACUUCAUAAAUCAGAUUCAGGACCGUCUUUUUCAACGCGGUGCAAUGCAUAAACUCCGUUCAUCUUCGAUAUACAAGUGCCUGAUUGGCUAAUAGCACAGUUAGACUGAGUCUAUGCAUUGAACCGCGUCGAUGAAAAGGGAGGUCAAAAUGUGUCGUCGGUAAAGGAAAGAGUCUAUUGGCUCUGGGAGAAGACCAGCUGCGCGAGAGCCAAUCGUGAAGCCGAAUUUUUUUAUCAACUGUCAUUAUUUAUAGUGAUCUGUGAAGGAAAAGAGUGAAAAUCUUUAAUGCCCGGUUGCUCCGAGAUUAAUCGAAGUUUAAACGCCGGUUAAGUACCCUAUCUUAAAACUGUAUUUGAAAAAUUAAACUAGGCUUUAACCAUGUCGGAGGAAGCAGGCAUAAAUGCUGCUAAUUCGUAGUUGACAGUUUGAUGGCGGGCAACGCCGGGUGAAUACGUUUUUUUGUGUAUACGGUGUUUAAAGAGAUACUUUUAAAAGAAUGGCUUAUUCUAAAUUAAUUAAUGAUAUUUUAAAAUAUAGUGAGGCCAGUAAAGCUGCUGAUCGAAAGAAAUUUAUCAUGAGUCUUCAAGAGUUGUAUGAAAAUCAAGAUGCUUUAAAUGAGAUCAACGAGAUGUCUGAAAAGGGCAUUUUUGGCCAUAUAAAUUGGACAACUAUAUUAAACUGUGUACAUAAAAUGAUACUCUCUGAAGCAGACAGAUUGGUUGGAAAGAAGAUUGGCAAAGUGUCACCCGAUGGGAGAAAUAUGUGUGCACUAAUGUUGAGGACAGUUCUUUAUGGCAACGGCUCAAAUAAAAUAUAUUUAAAUGGUUCUGAUUUAAUUAUGGCAGUAGUGCAAGUAUUGAAACGUUCUACAUGCCAUGCUUAUUCACAUUGGCAAGAUACAUACAUGGCUAUAUUAAUCAAUCACAUAAUUCCUAUCAGACAAUACUGGUCUACGAUAUCUUUAGACAAUUGGACAGAGUUAAUUUUAACAUGUCUAAGUCUUUAUAAAAAUCCACCCUCCACUAUAAAUAGAUCCACUAUACUUUGUGCAAUUCAGAAACUAAUAUUGCAUGGCAGUUUACAGUCUCACUUGGCAUUGAACAUCAAAAAUCAUUUAUCCUGGCUAGAGAAAGUCUUUCGACAUGUGAAGACUACCGAUGAGAAUUUGGCAGAACCUACAUAUACGUUGGCUAAAACAAUUUGCCAAAUAAUAGCUGUGGAGAACCGAUCUGUACUAUGCGAAUUCAGUGAACGUAUUGCACCAGAAAUUAUAGGACAGGAGACAAAUUCUGAAAAGUUAGAGCUUCUCCUAUUAUUUGUUCAAGUACAUCAUCCACAGGGAGCUACAAUGUCUCAGGAUGUCGCGUACGCUUGUGAUUGGGAUAAAUGGAAUGCUAUCUGCAUGAACUUAUACACGACCAUUAUAAGAGAUUGCAAUCCCAAGAUACUGGAUAAAAGUUUCCUUAAACUUGCGUCGGAAGUUUCCUGGCAACUGUUGCACAGAUAUGAGGGCAUUACCGACAAUAGAACUUCAUUGGAUAUUCCUGAAGAUUUUCCACCUACAAAACGCAGGCGAUUAUCUACUGUAUUCAAUGAUCCAACGACUAUGGUCUUUAGUAAAAAUUUAGAACAAUCUUGGAUUUGGAUUCAAGUCUCUGCAGCCUUAAUAAGAAAAUAUCCCGAUACUUUAAAGCCGGAGGAUUUCAUGCCAUUUCUUAAAACCGUUUCAGAGCUCAUAAAGUGCUCAUGCAACAAUAAGUCAGUUAUGAAUAGUGUCUGCGAGUUGGCAGCUGCAAUAGUUUCGAUUGAACAAAAAUUUACUACUGGGAUAGUGAAACCGACACACACGAAGGAACACUGGGAAGAAAUUUGGAGCACUGCCUUGAGAUAUUUGUCCAUGAACCAGAAUGAAGUAGCAGUCCACAAUCUUUUACAGUCUAUCAUAAAGUUCAAAAAGACAUUAAAUUUCAAUGGUUUGCUGGACCUCUACGUGAGAAAAGUGUUAACAUGGACUUUGUUGAAUUUCCAUACAUUGGUAGUACUCUGCGAAAGCAGUAUAAUAUCAGACACCGUAAUACAGUAUAACGAAUAUAAUGAAAGAAACAGUGAAGAGUCAAUCAGAAAUGUACUAAUAAAAAGAAUUCUGGAAAUUCCAUGGAACAAAAUGUUUACGCAGAUCCCAGUGAAAGAUUUAUGUGAUCUGCUUAUCCGCAUAACACUGAAGUCCUCCUAUGUGAAGUGCCAAGACAAUGAUAAUAUAUAUCAGGAAACUAUGUAUAAAACUGUAUCGAUCUUACAGCAUGGAAUUUUAGAAGACACCGAAUUGAUUAAUCUGAGAAAUAUUGAAAAAUGUCAUCUAUCUGCCAAUUUUGAAAUCGACCUUCGCAGGCCUCUCAAUCGCACUGCUUCGACAAAAGAUCAGAAGCAUUCGAUGAAUAUCUUGUUCACAGACAAUGCUGUGGAAUGUUUGGUCUCAAAGUUAUUGAGUGUCGUUGAGAAUUUCAUGGACUCUGAAAUAAGCGUGCGUAUAAUGCAUGCAACGAUGAUAGCCAAAGUCGCUUCCACCGUGAAGGAAUUAAAUAUGGAUCCUGAUAACACAAGAAUAAUCCGACUGACAACCGCAGUCAAAGGCAUAUUAGAAAAUGUCUAUAUGUUCUUAGCAGAUCAUGAGACUAUCGAGAUGAAGAAGCAUAACUUCACUUACAUGGUGAAUAUUCUAAGAGCAUUGACUAUACUGCACGAUACUUCCUAUGAUAAAGAUAUUACUGAAGUCAUUACGUCACAGUUGACUGUUGAGAUUGUUAAAAAUAUUUAUACUUUACUUAACACCGAAGAUGACACAAUUGUGGAAGAGAUAUCAAUAGUAAAUACAUAUUUGGAGUACGAGGAACUGAAUGCCAAGCACGAAGAAUUGAGAAGAGAUAAGAGUUGUGAGGUUUACAAGCAGGAUGUGAUAAAGAUGGAAGUGAUUAAUACCUUAAUGAGUAUGUGUUGCAAAGCUCAAAGAUUUCAAAAAAUUCUCUUGGACCACGUAAUGAAGAUCGACCUGUACGAAUCAUCUAGUAUAACAGAUUUAAGAAUAGCUAUGGUAGCCCUGAAGCGCCUGACAUUAAUGGAAGAAGAUUUGAUAUCAGAAGAUACUAUCGAGAUCCCAAUAAAAUUUCUACAAGGAUUGUUCACUCGUUGGCGUGGAGAUGAAGAAGCUGUACGAUCAGUCUUAACAAUAGUAUCAGACUUCUUAAAGCACGUGAUAAAGCAUGGUGGCAAUGAUGAGAGAAUCAUUGUGAUGAAGAUGCUGAAUGAUAUUCAUAAUCUUAUUUCUGACAAGAGAUACGGUCCAUUGGUGGCUGUGGAAUUCCUAAAGUGCCUUGGAGAAAUUGCCAAACUGGAUCCUAGUUUCUCCUGGUCGAAGUACAGCGACUUUGCUGAGGUCGACGAUGAUACUCCUUUCGUGGAGAAGGUCCUAGUGUACAUAGAGAGUCCUUUCUACUUGGUCCAGCUGGAAGCUGUACAGUCGCUCUACAUAAUAUUCUCGUUGAGUAACGUAGAAUUUAAAUGGCAGAAGAAUUUCUUCAACAAAUUGAUCGCAGUCGUUAGGAAACCUUUUGCAAUUGGUGAAGAACUAAGUGAAUGGGAAAAAGUUGAUGUGGAAACUACAAGGUUGUCAGUUGCACUUUUGUCUUUGGCAGUUGUCAUAUGUGCCAGUGGUAUGCUUCAGUGUGAAGCUGUGCUUGCUUUAUUAAAGAUCGUUCUUGAUAAGGAGAUGAACAUUGAUAAGGUGAAGAAGGUAUUGCAAGUUAUCGCCAAUACUAAAAAGAUGAAGGAACCGUGUCAGCUGGUUGAGGACAACAUGAACUAUAUUUUAACACAUUGGCUAAUGUCGCAGUAUCCUCUGGAUAGUUUUCCGCGAGAGUUAGUGCGUUGCGUGAACGGCGAAGAGUUUUAUCGCUCUUAUAUGCACAUAUUGGCACCUAUUAAAAUUCAAAAGUGUCAACUGACAGAUGUCAUUGAUCUAUGUAACAAAUAUCAGUUGUCAUUCAAGGAAACGAUCGACAAAUGUUUCCCAUCUAUUUUAUCAUGGCUUUUACCAUUUGUCUGUGAAGAGCCUGCUGGGUCUUCACUUGCAACAUGUACAGUGGAUGCUGCAUAUGUUAAUAAGAUCUUCGUAAAUUUGAGAUACAAUAAAAAUGAAUUCGAGUCUGUGUCAAGGUUUUCAGACAUGUUACUGAAGAAAUUGGACAUGGUUUUGAUAAGUCUUAUUGAAAAAUUACACGACGAGAUUCAUUUUGCUAAACUGUUUAAUCGGAAGCUUCAUCUGCCGACUUCAGAACCAUUGGAGUACAAGAAUGAAACUGUUCUGAAGUGUUUGGAUAACUUGAAGAAUCUUCUUCCGAGGGAAGGUGGAGUUAGUCAGACCAAACUGAUUCAGUAUUUAGCGUGUCAGGUGCCAAGUGUUAUACAAAGGGUAUUUCUACACUUUGCCUACAAGAUAUACAGUCAAAAAUUUACGGAACAGAAGUUGAAAGCUUUUUAUCAUUAUGCAUAUUUUUCGACCGCUGUUAUACAAGAGUUAAGAGAGAAUUAUUUCGAUGAUAUGUCUACGUUUAUAAUUCGAGAUAUCAGUCACACUUUGUUGAAUCUUAUCAAGGAGGACAUACCUGUGCUUUCUGAACUGUGCUGUGAAUUCUUUCUUCUUUUAUUAAAAUAUGUGGUACCGGUCAGAAGUAAUGAGUUUAAGGAUAUCUUAAGUUUUAUUGUGACAAGUCUCACGCCUAUUGUACAGAACGGAAAGAUACCAGGAGCUGAAGAAUUAUUAAAAUACUUGAUAGUAGACAAGAAAGAGAUACUGAGCACUGCGAUACAAAAACUUGACUCUUUUCCAAAUCAUGAAGCCUUUCGAGAGAUGAGAGAAGUUCAUGAUAGUCUGAGGUAUAGUAAUUACUCUGCGCACAGAUUAGAAAAGGAAAUUGAACAUUUCUUAAAGGCUGGCAACAAGAAGAAUUUGAAUUGCUCCAUUGAAGGAUUGUCUCACUUGAGACAUCAGUUGUCGGCGAAAAAAAGUGAAUUGAAAAAUAUGUACAACCAUUUGGAAGGCUUACGUGGAUUUGCUGAAGACUGUGCUUCGAGUUUACUUCAUAAAUUGAUUUACAGACUUGUUAAAUUGACGUCAUCACCGGAUUCUAAUAUCGCACUGGAAGCUGCAAAGUGUUUGGGCGAACUUGGACCAGCUGAUUUAACAACCAUGAUAUUAUAUCCAGAAAAAAGUCACCUCAAUGUAGAUAUUAAUUCCAUAGAAAUGCUUACAUACAACAUUGUAAUUUUAUUGUCUGACUUCUUGAUCGAUUCAGACUUUGAGCUACGUCAAGCAAGUGCAAAUGGAUUGUACACAGUCUUUGAUUCAUUCUGGGGUCAAAAGUUGACUGAUAAGAAUUACUUAACGUCAUUAGAAGAAGCUAUGGAAGAAUUUGAGUUACGACUACGUAUAGAAUACGUCUAUCCAUUUUUAAAUAAACACAGAGAAAAUAAGAAACAUAUCAAAAUUGAUUUUAAGAGCUUUAGAUCCUGUUUCGACGUAGGAAAUGAUUUCUGGGUUGGAAAAUUAACAAGAUCACACAACGAAUGGAUAACAAACAUAACGAUUAACGUAAUCGAAUGCUUCUCAGAUUUUUAUCUGACAGAAUUGACACCAGUUUGCAAAUUAAACGUACAAUUUUGUGAAACGAUCCUACCACGUAUCUUCGUGCUGAUUGUUUUGAUGGAGAAAAAAGAUGCGAGUAUCAUCUGUUCCUGCAUUAAUCAAUUCUUCCACAAUCACAUUCAUUAUUCCAGUGAAUUGGAGCUAACAAGCUCACCCAGUCAAUCGCCAAAAAGGAUUUGUUUGAAUUACGAGUCCGUAAAAUCUAUGCUGAACAUUGUUAACUUCAUAAGAGUUCAGUGCAGUGAUGUAAUUCAGCUCGAUUUGGAUUACAUCAACAUAGCAAAAGCUGCACAAUAUUGUUCUGCAUACUUUACGUCUAUUCUCUAUGCAGAAUUGUGGUGUGAAUCUUUAUUAAAUGGUCGCCGUAUCAUAAAGGAGCUUCCUCUUAUUGAUUACAUUUGCGAAGAAUAUCCAGAGAAAGGGAAAGUGCUUCAAGAUAUUUUAAAAGAAGCUUGUAUCGAAAUUGGCGAUCCUGAUGCUAUUUAUGGUUGUGGCUCUUCGCACUUGCUGGAUCGUUCUUCACGAAUUCAACAUUAUACGCAUCUGCGACAAUGGGACAAAGUUAUGCUGGCUCAGGAUCUGGACUUGUGUUACGGAAACAGUAUAGCAACGAGAGGUCUAUUGAAUGCUUUACAACAUUCUGGUCUUCAUUACCUCGUCGGUCGUUUUAUGCAAACUAUUGAUAGAGCGCAAGAAAAUAUUGAUGAUUUUGUCUACGAUAAUGCUUGGAGACUUGCUGAUUGGAAUAUUUCUACUGCGAGACAAGUGAGAAAUUCACUGAGAGAUGGUAACGAUUGUCCACGUAGUGUCAUCAAUGAUGAUUAUAAUUUCUUUCAUUUCCAAGCACUGAAGAGCUUUCACGAGAGUAACACUGCUAGUGUAAAAGCUUUUCUGGACAUUGCUUGCGAAUGUGUUGUAAAAGCACUUCGAAACACCAGCUUAGAGAGCAGCAAAACCGUAUAUCCCAAGCUAUCUCAGUUGCAUAUGCUUCGUGAAGUAGAAGAGCUCAGCUCAGCGAAACCAACUAAUUACAUGAAUGUACUGAACAAGUGGUACGAAGAAGAUUUUGUGAAUACAAAUGAUUUUCAAUACGUAGAACCAAUACUGUCCCAAAGAAUAAUAAUGUAUCAAAUAAAGGAGUCAUUAAAAAAUGAUCCAGUUAUCAAGGAUACUUUAAUCAAUACAUAUUUGAAAAUUGCUGAGGUUGCCGUAGAGCAAGGAUACCAGCAAACUGCAGCACGAGCACUAGAUUCUCUAAAGAAGCAAUACAAUCUUCCUCAAGAGAUGCAAGACCAAUUGGAUUAUCAAGACGCUCUUUUAUCUUGGAUAAUGGGGGAUCAGAACAUUGCUAGAUUCCGCAUGCGAAAUUUGAUGAGUAGAGAUUCUCCGAGUCCAAGUCUUCGUGCGAAAGCAUUAAGAAUAUACGGAAAUUGGAUGGUAGAAACUAAAUCUGAAAAUCCACAGACGGUGAUUCAUAAAUAUUAUGAACAGUCAAUUGAUAUCAGUAUGUCAAUCAAAGAGCCGGAACCUUGCGACUUGAAAAAUUUGUACGACACUCAGGCAGCUUUGGCUCAAUUUGCUGAUACUCAAUAUCGGCAAAGGGUUGCUUAUGUACAAUCGUCGAGAUUUGAGAGUAUACGCGAGUGUGCUGAAUAUUCGCGAGAUGCAGCAAGCAAUUACAAUAGGACAGCACAAGACGCUGAUAUGCGUACAGCAGUAAUGUUGAGCAAGAAACAAAGCAGAAAUGAUGUUGCCGAAUUGGAAAAUAUACAGAUGGAGAAAAAUAUGUAUCUGCUUUUAGCAAUGAGGUAUUAUAUGCAAACUCUUCAAGAGACCGAAGACCAUAACUUCAUAAUCUUCAGACUUGUGUCACUGUGGUUGGAUAAUACGUCUGAUGAAAAGCUCAAUGAUCUCUUCGAUAAAAAUCUUGACAGAAUAGCAUCCCACAAAUUUAUACCAUUGGUACCGCAACUGGCACCACAUUUGAAUGAUGAUUUGUCUCAGGGAUUUGCUAUGAAGAUAUAUAUGCUUUUGAUGAGAUGCGCCAAGGAACAUCCUCACCAUACGUUACCAGUCUUGUUAGCCUUAGCACAACUUUACAAGGACUAUGAGUACACGAAAAAGUUACCACCAAAACCGGAGCAACGUGUACGUGGAGCGCAGAAGUUAAUUAAUGAAUUGUUAUACUCGCACAUUAAACCAAUUAUAAAGAAUAUGACUACACUAACGGAUGCUCUGGUGCAAUUUGCAAAUUAUGAAUUUACGAGAAAUAAGAUUUCGAAGACUUGCAAGAUUCCAAGGCAACAAAAGAUUUAUAACGUGAAAGAUCUUAUCCAUACUAUAGUACCUAGUCUACCUAUAGACAUAAAAGUUAAUAGAGAUUACCAAGAGAUUAUAGGCGUUCGAAAAUAUUCGGAAAUUUUUGAGUCAGUUGGUGGUAUAAAUGCACCAAAAAAAGUAACCUGCGUAGGAACGGACGGAAUAUCCAGGAACCAGUUGCUCAAAGGAAAAGACGAUAUGCGUCAAGAUGCUGUUAUGCAACAAGUCUUUACUGUGAUGAACUCUUUAUUAAAAGCCAGUAAAGAAACGAAACGAAGAAAUCUUUAUAUUAGAACAUACAAGGUAGUGCCAUUAACACAGAGAUCAGGAAUUUUGGAAUGGUGCGAAGACACGUUGCCUAUCGCAAAAAUUCUUGUUGGCAGUGAUUAUUUAUCUGGUGUUCACAAAAAAUACUAUCCAGAAGAUUAUACUGCGUUAGAAUGCAGAACUAAAAUUUCGAACGUAGCUGGACAAUCACAUGAUAUAAAAUUAAAAGCUUAUUUGGAUUGCUGCAAACACCUACAACCUGCUUUCCAUCAUUUCUUUACGGAAACUUAUGUCUCACCAGAAACAUGGUUCGAAAGGAGAUUAGCUUAUGUUCGCAGUGUAGCAACAACCUCUAUAAUUGGAUAUAUCCUAGGAUUAGGCGAUAGACAUUUGACUAAUAUUCUAAUUGACAAAACCACAGCUGAAGUGAUACAUAUUGAUUUUGGCAUUGCAUUUGAACGAGGCAAGUUACUGACAACGCCAGAAACGAUACCUUUUCGAUUAACCAGAGAUCUUGAAGUAGCAAUGGGAGUAUCUGGUGUCGAAGGUGUCAUGAGAAGAAGUUGUGAGAAGACAAUGAGUGUUUUACGUGAACAAAGAGAAAUCAUUAUAACACUUCUUCAAGUAUUGCUUUAUGACCCUCUCUUUCAUUGGGCUCAGCUUAAAAAUGAUAAGAUGCAGAAGACAGUAGGAGGUCAUGACAGUACAAGUGAGACCAAUAAACUUGCCGAAAGGGCUCUUCUCAGGGUAGAACAAAAACUUCAAGGUACAGAGGAAGGUAUAGCAUCCAGUGUCUCAGGACAGGUCGAACGCCUGAUACAAGAAGCCAGAGAUCCUGCCAAUUUGUGUAAAGUAUAUUAUGGAUGGCAGGCUUAUUUAUAAGUAUAAUAAUGUAAUAUUGUGAUAAUGAAAAUUGUAUAUAACAUCAUUAUUUAAUAUAUUUUUUAUCAGAUUUUUAAA